AUGAAUGAAAAGACACGACAGAUUAACAUUAAUUCACGUCUUGAAUCACGUCGAUCUUAUGAAAAAAAGUUCUAUGAACCUUGUGGACUCACUGUUGAAGAGUUCUUUGCGUUAGCUGGGAUAUGCCAAACGUGUUUUAAUGGUGUUUGUUUUGAUAGUCAGGUUGAUGGUUGGGGAUUAAACGACUCCGUCUUUGAAUCCAAAGUGUUAGGGCGCUCGAAGUUGUAUUUUUUGAUCGACAAUGGUUAUCAGAAGUUUGGAGGAGUGUUGUAUGACUCUGUUAUUCAUUAUCAAUGGAAUUACAAUACACUGCCUUCAUAUUUUCACUGA